CUCUCUCUCCAUAUCUCUCUUUAUCUGCCCUAAUUACAUUGAUCCCAGCCACACCUCAAUUCACAUCAACCAUCGUCAUGGAUUCUGAAGAAGACGCCUACUACAACAGCUCCGACGAUAUGUCAGAGGGCGCCGCCGAAUACUCGGGCGGCGGCUACGACGACGACGACGUCGACAUCGCGGAGGAGGAGCCUAAUUGCACCAUCACUAAAAAACCCUACACAAUCCUCAACGAAGAAAAACUCACACACCUCCAAGAAAGCGACAUCUCAGAAGUCUCCAACCUCCUCGCCGUCACGCGCGGCGUCGCCUGCAUGCUCCUCAUCCGCAAAAAGUGGCGCGUCGAAUCCGUUCUCGAAGAAUGGUUUGCCGACGAGGACAAGGUACGCAAAUCCGUCGGCAUAUCCACAAACAAAAAAAAGCGACGGAAUCCGCGUGCAAAAAAGCACUACUGCAAGAUCUGCAUGGAAACCGUCGCCCUCGGCCGCACGGUGUCGGCCCCGUGCGGCCACCCCUUCUGCUCGGGGUGCUGGGCCGGCUACGUAUCCGCCGCUGUCAGCGAUGGCGCCACUUGCCUGGCCCUUCGCUGCCCCGAGCCGAAGUGUGCGGCCGUGGCCGGCCUCGAUAUCGUCGAGGCCAUGGCGAAUGAGGAUGCCGGGGCGAGGAAACUUUAUCGUCGGUGUUUGUUACGAUCCUACGUCGAAUCCAGCCGGACCCGAAAGUGGUGCCCCGGGCCCGGUUGCGAUUUAGCGACGGAAUUCGACGUUUUCGGAGGAGGAGGAGGAGAGGAGACAAGCUACGACGUGACGUGCGACUGCGGCUUCAAGUUCUGCUGGCGGUGCGGGGAGGAUCACCGGCCCGUCGCCUGCGCGACGGUGGCGAGGUGGGCGGAGAAGAACGUGUCGGAUGAGAACAACGCUGGGUGGAUCAUCGCCAACACCAAAACCUGCCCCGGAUGCCUCAAACCCAUCGAGAAAAAUCAAGGAUGCAAUCACAUGACUUGCAAAUGCGGCCAAGAAUUCUGCUGGACAUGUAUGCAGAAGUGGAAAAGCCACAGCCACGUCUGCAACCAAUACUUCAGAGAGAAAGAAACCGCCAUUGAAGCCAGCUUACACGAGGUGAGGUCAGAGCUCGAUAGGUACACCUUCUACUACGAAAGGUGGGCCUCGAAUGACAAGUCGAAGGAGAUUGCGCGGGCGGACGCGGCCAAGGCGAGGCGCGAGCACCUGCCGGAGCUGGCGAAGGCGCAGGGGGUGCCGGAGACGGCGCUGGAGUUCGUGCCGGAGGCGUGGGAGCAGAUCGUGGAGUGCCGGAGCGUGCUAAAGUGGAGCUACGUGUACGGCUACUACGUGGAGGCGGAGAAGAAGGGGAUUUUCGAGUGUCUGCAGGGGAAGGCGGAGGAGUCGCUGGAGGGGCUCCACCACUGCGCCGAGAAGGAGGCGGCGGGGUUCAUGGGCCCCGACGCCGGGUCGUGGAGGGAGUUUGACAAGUUCAAGAUGAAGCUCCUAAAUCUAACUAGGGUUACUAAGAAGUUUUUUGAGAAUUUGGUUAGGGCUUUGGAGAAUGGUCUUGCGGAAGUUGAGGUUGCUUAAGCCCUAUUCAUCCAAGUAUAUUAGAUGUAUAUUAG